UUCCCCUCAUAGUAUCAUCUACAUACUUACGCUUAAGCCAACAACACAAACUCUGAUCUUUUUGUGAUCUUCUCUUGAAUCAUCAGCUGAAAUGACAACUCCAGACCGCCUGGUAAUGGAAAGCCCCAGAUCACCUCUACAACCUCCAACUUAUGGAGAUCUAAUCACUGUCCUCAGUAUUGAUGGAGGUGGAAUAAGAGGAAUCAUACCUGGAGUCAUCCUUGGAUUCUUGGAAUCUGAGCUUCAGAAAUUAGAUGGUGAAGAUGCAAGGCUUGCAGAUUAUUUUGAUGUGAUCUCUGGAACAAGCACUGGUGGACUUGUGACUGCUAUGCUAACAGCCCCUAACGACAAAAGCCGACCUUUAUUUGCUGCAAAGGAUAUCAAGGAAUUCUAUCUUGAUCACUGCCCCAAAAUCUUCCCUCAAGAUGGUGUACCUUUUGGUUCUGCUGGAAAGCUAGUCAAAUCUCUAACAGGUCCGAAAUAUGAUGGAAAAUAUCUGCACAAGCUUGUCAAGGAAAAGUUGGGAGACAUCAAAUUGCACCAAGCCUUGACAAACAUUGUGAUCCCCACUUUCGACGUCAAGAGACUACAGCCAACCAUCUUCACCUCCUAUGAGGUAAAGAACAACUCAAACCCAUUGAAAGAUGCUCCUUUGGCGGAUAUAUGCAUUGCAACUUCAGCCGCUCCAACUUAUCUUCCAGCGUAUCGUUUCGACACCAAAGACUCCACCGGAAAAAUUAGGGCAUUCCAUCUCAUUGACGGUGGCGUUGCGGCUAACAAUCCGACAUUGAUUGCAAUUAGUGAAGUAACAAAGGAAAUCACAAAGGGCAACUCUGACUUAUCCCACAUAAAAGCAGCAGACUAUGGUAGAUUCCUAGUCAUAUCACUAGGAACCGGUGUAGCAAAGAGUGAAGAGAAGUAUAAUGCGGAAGAAGUAGCUGGUUGGGGUGUCAUAAGCUGGCUAACUGCUCACGACUCAACGCCUUUAAUCGAUGUUUUCAGUGAAGCCAGUAGCGACCUCGUUGACUCCCACAUGGCCACUGUCUUCCAAGCCAUUCACCACAAAGAAAACUAUCUCCGUAUCCAGGACGAUACGUUGACAGGAAACGUGUCGUCUGUGGACAUUGCAACGAAGGAGAACUUGGAAGCUCUUGUCCAAGUUGGGGAGAAGCUGUUGAAGAAACCAGUGGGAAGGGUGAAUUUAGAAACUGGCGUUCAUGAGCCUGUUGGUGACGUUACUAAUGAAGAGGCUCUAACAAAGUUGGCAAAAAUACUCUCAAGGGAGAAGCAGCUUCGUGAGAUAAGGUCUCCCAAAGGGAAGGUUGCCACAUCUGAGUGAAACAUGUCAAAUUUUCUUGAAUUUACUAUUUUCCGGAUCAUUUGUUGAAAUUUAUUUUGUUACAAGUAUAUGUAAUGACUCCAUAAUAUUCUGUACUAAUAUAAGUUCAUAAUAUAACAUUAUAUUUUAAAGUUUUAAAUUUAGAUGAAUGUCUAA